AAAGUGCCACACUUCAAGACGGCCAUUUUGCUUCUUCGGAGCUUGCUGCACAUCUUCAUGUGUGGUGCCGCUCUUGUGGUCCAGAGCUGCCUUGAUAUGAUUUUACGUGCCUAAGUGUUUCCUGUAAACCUCUCGCGGAUUUUGCAGUUCUUUGGUUGGUUUUUAGUCACAGUACGAGGUUGCAGUGCUUUCUUAGUUGUGCCCAUCUCUAAUUUUGAUGAGCCGAUGAGAGGGAAAUUCUUGCAUGUCGAAACUGGUUUGCAUGGAUAGGAUGUCGAGUUUGGUGUCAAGAUUUGUCAGUAAUAGAACGCCGAAACUUCUUUUGCUGAGUGUCCUUCGUAGCCUUAUCUUGUAUUGUUCUCUGAUUUACUACCCACCGAAGUAGUGGCUCGGAUUUGCAAGGUGCUUAUAACCCGUGUUUUCCGGACCACCGUUUUUGUUAGUUGUCUUUGCUGUUAGGCCGUGAACGAAAUUGUGGCAAGGUUUGUGUCGAAAAACGAUCUUGUGACAGAAAAAAAACAGAAGAAAAAAAAAAAGGAAAAAAGUGUAGAGAUUUGUUGCAUUCUCCUUUGUGGUUGAAGUUGUAAGGAUACAGGCCGCAGUGAGAGUAGAGUUUUCUGGUGCGUUCAAGGAGAAUUGGGGAAGUCAAUUGGUGGGUUAUCUCCUACGGCCACAUUCUGAUUCAGCGGAGAGUGGUAUUAGUGAAAAAUUCAACGCUCGUUGCAUUUGUUCUCGUCCCAACUUCUGCUUCGCAAACCCAUGCAGUCGUUCUUAGAAUAGCCCUUCUUUGGUUGCGCAUUUGGCUGGGUUUAAGAGAGUAUGAGAUAUCACCCAUAGCGUGUACUUUCUUCCGUAGCAUCCCUCGCAGCUAGGAAUUCGUCGCUGCACGAUGGAUUUCAACUUAGAGGAGGGAUUGAGCGAUCGUUCCACCCUCAACACUCAUCGACGUGACCAAGACCCAACUUGUUUGCCGUUAAUUUGGGAACAAGAGCAAGAGGAUUUUGUCCAGGACCUUCGAAACCAUGAUCAGAAUCAACAUGGUCAAGACGAAGCUGAGCUCAACCUGGAUCUAAAUUUGCCUAUACAGGGUGGAGUCGAGCCCAAUCAGGGCGGAGUCGAGCCCAUCCAGGGGCAUACUGUGCUUAUCCAGGACGAAGUCGAGCCCGUCAUGGAAGAAAGAAUUCCGAGGCGUUUCAUUGGCAUCCCAUUUCCAAGUGAUGAGGAAGUUUACGAGGGGAUGCACUACUACGUUCAGGAUCAGGAUCAAGAAGACGAGGAGUUCUCUAACCAUACAUCUGACAAUGAAAAUCACGAGGAGACCUCUAACCAUACUGAAGGAAUUGAGGAGCUUUCUAACCAUACAUCCGACCCUGAAGAAGACGAGGAAGACGAGGAGUCUUCUAGCCAUACAUCCGACAAUGAAGAACAUGGGGAGCUUUCUCACCAUACAUCCGACACUGAAGAACGCGGGGAGCUUUCUCACCAUACAUCCGACCCUGAAGAAGACGAAGAAGACGAAGAAGACGAGGAGUCUUCUAGCCAUACAUCCGACACUGAAGAUCACAAGGAGUCUUCGAAUCACACAUCUGACAAUGAGGAACACGGGGAGUCUUCUAACCAGACAUCAAACCGCAAACAAGAACACAGUCUGCCGUCCAGCCAAACAUCGGGCAACGAGCAGGAGGAGGAGGAAGAGCGGUCUAACUAUCGCCCAAACACUGGUAUUACGAAGCGGCAACGUAGCAACCUCGACGGCGUUGGUAUGAAGCGCCAUUGUACCAAAUCCGAAGAUGAAUCAAACAAGCAACUUAUUCGUGAAAUUGUUCCCACGGAGGGCAGGAUCCCAACGAUGGCACCGAUGGACAGUUUCCCGCAUUCGGAGCUCACAUUCACGUCUGUCCUUGAGAAUACCAGCUCUCGACGCGGAGAUUGAGCUUGAUCCACAGGAUUGUUCUGCCAUCUCUGCAUUGCGUCUCAGCAAAAUGUGUAUAUAUAUAUAUAUAUAUACAUCCAGAACUAAAUACGUGUCGAGAGAGAGACGAACACACAAAUAGACAUGUAGACAGAUGUAAGUAGGUCGAUCAACUCUAUCAAACCUUCCUACCAAUUUUGCUGACGACCUGUUACAAAUAUUUUUUCUGCUGCUUAUCAAAGACUAGAGUUCUUUGUAAGUUCGCAGAGGAAUUGUGGGUUGUGCAGUGUAAGCCAAAACCUUGCUGAUGGCGCUAUUUGAAGAUGUAAAUACGUAGAGUAUCUUGAGAUUGAUUUGAUGGAUUUGAUGUUCCGAACCAUGCGAGUAUGAUCAAGAUGUAAACGAUCUAAUUUAAGAAUUAUGUUAUGUAUUGUUCUUGCACGAA